AUGCCCUUGUUUGGAAAAUCGCACAAAUCGCCUGGAGAAAUUGUGCGCAACCUGAGGGAAGCGUUGCUGCUGAUCGAAAAGGGUCAAGACCGAAAAUCGGAAAAAGCGGUUGAAGAGGUCAAUCGUUGGCUACAGGCAAGUAAAUCAAUUAUCUACGGACAGGAUAAUCAGGAGCCUAAUACAGAGCAGAUUUCUCAACUUGUGCAAGAAAUAUACAAUGCUUCUGUUCUUCCUCUACUUAUUCGUCAGCUUACUAAACUGGAUUUUGAAUCGAAGAAAGACGUUGCUUUAAUUUUUAACAAUUUGUUACGUCGUCAAAUUGGUACUCGUUCACCUACAGUCGAGUAUUUGUGUGCGCGUCCAGAAAUCUUAAUGACGCUUGUUCGUGGAUAUGAAGUUUCUGAAAUAGCGCUUACUUGUGGUACAAUGCUACGGGAAUGUAUUCGCCAUGAACAUUUGGCAAAAAUUAUUUUACUUUCUGAGCAAUUUUUUGAUUUUUUCCGUUAUGUUGAAUCUGCUACUUUUGAUAUUGCUUCUGAUGCUUUUUCAACUUUUAAGGAUUUGAUAACGAAACACAAAUCUUUGUGCGCUGAUUUUCUUGAGAAUCAAUAUGAUCGUUUCUUCGAAUCUUAUCAAAAAUUGUUGCUUUCUGAGAACUAUGUUGUAAGACGACAAAGUCUUAAAUUGUUAGGCGAAAUUCUUUUGGAUCGUUCCAAUUUCAAUGUGAUGACUCGAUAUAUAAGUAAUCCGGAUAAUUUGAAGUUGAUGAUGAAUAUGCUCAAGGAGAAAAGCAAAAAUAUUCAAUUUGAGGCAUUCCAUGUUUUCAAAGUGUUUGUGGCAAAUCCAAAUAAACCAAAGCCAAUAACCGAGAUUUUAUUGCGUAAUCGUGAUAGGCUCGCAGAGUUUCUUUCAGAGUUUCACAGUGAUAGGACUGAUGACGAGCAAUUUAAUGAUGAAAAGGCUUAUUUAAUAAAACAGAUUCGACAGAUGGCACCCGUCCAAUAA